AUGGAUUCCCAGGCCUCACCACGAGUGCCUGUCCCGAGAAGAGAUGUUCAUCUGAAAGUGGCUCAGUUCGCUUCGGCGUGUGCGUUCUGCAAAGCGAGGAAGAUAAAGUGCGAUUCCGACGCCCCGUGUGGAGCGUGCGUCAAACUAAAUCGCACUUCGUCCUGCUCGCUCGCUGGAGCGCAGUCGAGAGACUAUGUGACACAUUUGCGGCGGAAGAUUCAGCAACUAAAAGCAGAGAUUGAGCUGCGUCGCCACGGGACUUCAGAUUUCGGCCAACAUGAGCCCUCGGAUGCAUCCAUCGCGGAAUCCCCCGAGAUACAUCAGCCUUCUGCUAUUGAUACGCUUAUUUCUGAUAUUGGUACCCUGCCCAUUACGGGGCCAUCCCAUUAUACGUCUGCAUCAAAAGCAGUUCCGUCGUUUGCGACCCUCCUGCUCGCAGCCGCGUCCAAAAGGCCCAUCCCACCUGUACCCGCUCAAUCCCCCACGGUAGAGGAGGCUCGAAACCUGCUACCAGCUCAUCCAGCCGCUCGCAAGCUCGCGGAGCAUUACUUCAACCACAUCUACCCUCGGCUGCCAUUCUUCUCCACCCAAGGAUUUUGGGCCCAGUUUGAGUACGUCUAUGGACCUAAGUCAAAUCCAAGCUCACCAUCAGCGUCCGCUCAAACGCCAAAUCUGGGCGACUUGGCCCCUGACUCUAAUCAUGGCUAUAACGCCUUUACCGUCUCAAUCGUCCUUGCCAUAUCCGCCUCCUCAUUGUCGUCCAGCUCCAGUAGCGUCAUCUUCAACAAAGCCGACUCGCUGUUCCAGACUGCUCUUCGCUUCCGCGAAUCCAUUAACCUCCCCAACACAGUCGCCGGUGUGCAAUCUAUAUUGUUUCUCAUCCAGUUUGCAAAUCUUAAUCCCUCGUCUCUGGAUGCUUGGUAUCUCAUCGGCGUUGGAAUGCGCACGUGCAUUGACCUCGGCUUGCACCAGGAUCCACAACCAACUUCCUCAGUCUCAUCCAGCCUCCUCGAGACGCGCCGCCGCAUCUGGUGGAGCAUGUAUUCGUUCGACCGGUCCAUGUCCCUCAGCUGCUGUCGGCCUAUGGAAGUUAGUGACAAUGUCAUUACUGCGCACCUACCGACCUUCCGCAUCGGGCUCGCAAUGGAAAACCAGGAAGAAGUAAUCGCGGGCUUCUUGCAGCGGUAUCGCAUCCUCCAGAUCCAAUCGCUCAUCUACGACCAGCUCAACGAGCAGCCCGCAAGCACAGGGGAAGACAUAUAUGCCGUUCUUCACGAUAUGGCCGAGAAGCUUCAAGACUGGGCCCAGAAUAACCCAUCAUCAGACCCCGCCGGUCUUACAAAGCAUGAACUGCUGAUGGGUAGGAUGCUGCUGAAUCGACCAUGCCGCCUGAUUCCCAACCGCACCUCCGACGGACUAGAAGACCUGUGGCGCUCGGCGCAGGGGUUUGCGCAGAUAUACCGAGCACUCGCAGAGGCCAAUAGUCUGUUUUACGUGCGUAUUGCCUCUGAGAAAGCCUAUUGGACGGGACUUGCAAUGCUAUUUUGUUAUUGGAAGCUUAAUGGCGAUGGUAAUAGCGGCAUGAUACUUCGCCCCUCGGAGCUUUGGACGGCCACUCGAGAUGUCGCCUAUGUUCUCCAGGCGCUGUCGGAGCGGUGGAACGAGGGUAAAGUGCUAUUUUCAAAGUUUGAAGAGGCUUGUACGCGUGUGAUCGAGGCCAUGGAGGCGGGCAGGAGCGCCGACAAUCCUUGGGAGCGCAGGGAUGAGCGCAUCCCUGAGGAAGUCAGGGGUUUCUGUAACUACUCCAGCUUCACGACUAUUUGGACCGCCGAUCGGGGUAAGAGAUUCUCGGACAUGCAGAGUCAGAACCUGCGCGGGCUUGCCUUGAGCUUAGAGAGUUGGCAAGAAGCCUGA